AUGGGUGGAGUUCGAUUAGAAGUUCUCAACUCACUCGAUGAACCGAUAGCAAUCUUCACUAAUUUCCUGGACCCGUACAAUAUAACACGCGGUGGAAAAGCCAUCAUUCUACCACCUGGUUUCGAAUGUCCCGAUUGUGCGAUUCGAAUAACCCAUCAAGCCACGGAAUAUGGCGACGACUACUUCUUCUACAGCUGCGCCGACGUGAACAUCCUCAAAGGUUUUUCAUGCCGUUUUUCGACGUUUUUCUGCUAA